AAUUGGGCUGCCUUCCAUGGAGGGUUUAGUAUUCAUCGCCCGGCCCAAUCACGUAGCAAUAUCACCAGCUUACGAAAUACGCAGAAAUCGUCCGCGUGGGAAAUAAGCAACCCAGAAUUCCCCAUAUCCAAAAUCGGCAACCGCUCUCCGCAAAACUCUGCACCCGCGCGAUCGAUUCCCCAGUAUAAACCAACCUCAAAUCCGGCAAUCCUCACCGGGCGACCGCGCGAAGCUGCAAAUAAUGGCGGACUGGUCGGGGCUGCACGAGGACUUCCUCCUCCUCCUCGUCCCCCGCCUCCCCUCCCUCGAUCUGCUCCGCUUCCGCGCCGUCUGCGCGUCCUGGCGCGCCGCCGCGGCCACCUUCGCGUCGGGCCGCGGCCGCCCGCGCCCCGACCGCCCCUGGCUCAUCCUCCCCACCGACGCGCCCGACCCGGACGGCAGCCGCCUCCUUAUCUGCUGCGACCGCGAGGUCCCCGUCGUCACCCUCCCUGCGCAACUCGGCCGCGCGAACCGCCGCGGCUUCGUGCCACUCGGAGCCUCCCGCGGCGUGAUCGUGGCCGCCGACGAUCUCGGCGACAUGCAUCUGCUCUACCUCGCCACCGGUAGGCGCAUGCCUCUGCCCCACGUCGCGACGCUCCCUCUCGUCGACCGCGUCGAGAGGACCCCUGCCGGUCUCAGUGUCCACCAGCAGCGCGCCGGUGUCUGCUGCAUCGACGGCCUGAUCCACAAGGCCGUCCCAGUGCCAACCCCUGACGGCGGGAUUCUGGUGGUCGCCAUCUACCGCCAGCCGCACCACCGCAACCAGUGGGCCACGGCUCGGCCCGGCGACAACUCGUGGAAGUCCGUGAAGCCGACCAGCAUCCCCGCCGUGGUCGACUUGGCCCUCCACCGUGGGCAGCUCUACGCCAACACGCGGUACGGGAUGGUGUACGUCUUCCCGGAGCUGCGCGGGCUGGGCUCCGCGUCCCCGGAGAUCAUCCCGUCCGUGACGCGGCGGCCGACCUCGUACGUGGAGCGCAGCUUCCUGGUGGAGACACCAGGCGGCGGCGAGCUGAUGCAGGUGGAGCUGCUCCGCCCCGUGGCGGCGGCCGGCGGCGAGGGGUUCGUGGUGCGCUUGCUGGACGAGUGCGGCGAGACGUGGGAGGAGGCGGAGGACAUCGGCGACGUCGCGGUGCUCGUGGACGCGUCCGGCGCGGUGUCCGCGUCCACGAGGCAGUGCCCCGGGCUGAGGCCCAACACCGUGUACUACGCCGUGGACCUGGACGGCGAGACGCGGGUGUGGGCGUACAGCCUCGCCGGCAAGCACAAGAAGAUUGAGGUCGUCGAGUCCCUUCCCAGGGCGGAGGGAUACAAGCCGCCGUGCUUCUGGUUCACGACCGUGUAUUCACGGUGAGACUGUCCGUCCUAUCCUGUCAGUAAUUGGUCAAAACUUGAUGUCAUCGUUGCAUGCGUUGCUGUAGCGAGAAUAUUCGAAACGUGUGUUGUAGUGAUGCAAUUUGUGUUCUACGAGUUGUGCAACAGGGCACACGUGAGUUGUAACCGGUGAAACACUGGAGGGUUCGUCAAAAAUUUGUGUCUGGUGAUUGUGGCUAUCCGUCCUGCUAUACGCCUAUGUACAUACUACAUGAAAUCAAACUUACCUGAACCAAUGUCAAAAUGUUUUAAUUUCUUUUCUCACUGAA